AAGCACUGUUAAUCCAGUAACAUUUUUAUUUACGUUGUCAGCGGAGUUCAACGAAAACGCAUUCGCAUUAUGUAGAAACCAAUUGAAACGUCACUGGGUUUUCUCAGCACCGUAUGACGUCAGUAACCAGUUAAUCAUUAUAGUUUUCCCUUCUCCCACCGCGGUUGUAGACGCAGUAUAAUCUACCGUCUUUCAUCAACGGCCGUAGUAUAUACGUGUCAUUGAUAUAAAACAACUAAAUAUCUAUAUAAUAAAAUUCUGUGAAACAUUAGAUUAAUUGGAGCCAGCCGUUUUCUUCAAUAAAGCAAAAAUGAGUUAUGGGUAUCAAGGACCACCAGUGAUUCAGUUUCCGGGACAUGCACCGCCUACAUCGUUUGGAGCUCCACCUGGCACACCUUCUGCUCCUGGUGCUCCACCUUAUUCUGAAGGUGGCAACAUAGGUUUCCCAAAUGGUCCCCCUACAUCUUUUGGAAUGCCACAACCUUAUUCCUCUUAUCCCCCUUCCCCUUAUCCUUCUUCCCCUUUCCCGGCCCAACCAAAUCAUCCUUUACCUGGACAAGGUCCUCCUCAUGCACCAGCAAGAUCUUCAAUGCCUAUUCCUCAGUCUAUGCCGUAUCCAGCUCAACAAACCAAGCAACCGUAUCCUAGCCAACCAUCUCCAUACGCAAACCAACCAUCUCCAUAUGGUAACCAACCAUCUCCAUAUGCUAGCCAACCAUCUCCAUAUGGUAGCCAACCAUCUCCAUACCCACAACAGCAAAACUAUAAUAUGUAUCCAAAUCUUCAACAUGCACCAGAUGCAAAAGAAACUUUCGGUGCACCUUCUCCUUACCCUUCUGCUUCUAAUAUUUAUUCGAACAGUGCAAGCUUCUAUCCAGGCGGAAGCUAUCCUGGGGGGCAGGGUGCUGGUUCCUCUUCUCCAUAUGGAGGCAAACCCGCUUCUCCUCAACAUUCACGCCCAGCCCCCCGCAGAGAUCAGUUUACGCCUAAGUUGUCUCCUACUGUCGUGGCCUACCAUGACUUUGAUCCAAGAGCAGAUGCAGAAGCCUUAAGAAAGGCAAUGAAGGGAUUUGGUACUGAUGAGAAGACCAUCAUUCACAUACUUGCCAAUCGUAGUAACUUACAGCGCCAAGAAAUUGGUGUACAAUUUAAAACCCUAUAUGGAAAGGAUCUGAUCAAGGAUUUGAAGUCCGAAUUAUCAGGAAAUUUCGAGAAUUUGGUUCUUGCCAUGAUGAUGCCAUUACCGCAGUAUUACGCUAAAGAAUUGCAUGAUGCAAUGGCCGGUGUUGGUACUGACGAAUGUGUACUUAUCGAGGUACUAUGUACCAUGUCCAAUCACGAAAUCCGUGUAAUUAAACAGGCUUACGAAGCAAUGUACGGGAGAUCUUUGGAAGAUGAUUUAAGUAGUGACACAUCAGGAAAUUUCAAACGCUUAAUGGUAUCGUUAUGUUGUGCCAACAGAGAUGAGUCAUUCGAUGUGGACCACGGUGCCGCGAUAGAAGAUGCCAAAGAACUUCUAAGAGCUGGUGAACUGCGUUUUGGCACCGAUGAGUCUACAUUUAAUGCUAUUCUUGUUCAGAGAAAUGUGCCACAAUUAAGACAGAUAUUCCACGAAUAUGAAAAUAUAACUGGACAUCCUAUUGAGACCGCUAUUGAAAAUGAAUUCUCGGGUGAUAUUAAGAAGGGUCUCCUUGCUAUUGUCAAGUGCGUGAAGAAUAGACCUGGCUUCUUUGCUGAGCAACUGUACAAAAGUAUGAAGGGUUUGGGAACCGACGACAAUCGUUUGAUUAGAUUAGUCGUUACACGUUGCGAGAUUGAUAUGGGAGAGAUUAAAGAGGUCUUCAGGGGAUUGUACAAUGAAUCUUUGGAGGAUUGCAUCUCUGGCGAUUGUUCUGGCCAUUAUAAGAAAUGUCUUCUGGCUCUAAUAUCUUAAGAAACUACUGUGCCAACAAAUUCAGUGUACCGUGUGUUGAUGAAAAGUUGGCACAGGGACAAGAUGGGUCUUUCAUUGUGUGUUUUGUUUAUUCUCACGGUCGCAAGAUUGUGUUAAUGUGUACGACGCUUUCAGCAAAUAGCUUGCAAGCCGAAAAUAUGUAUGAGAAUGGAGAUGUUUCCUUCCAAUCUGACCAACGAAACCCGCAUUGUUUUGAAGUGCUUUCUUUCCACCAACGUAUCACAUAAUUCAGCUGUGGUUGCAUUUAACAGCAAAAUUAUAUUUUCAAUUUUAAAUAUUUACACCGUUAUUGGGCUCGAUUCACCGUACACUAUAAAUGCCAGUAAUACGCAUUUUACAUUGAAAGAGUUGCUGCAAUGUUCCUAUUUGUAAAUUUCGUUCUCAAACGAUUUGUAAACUUUUAUAAAAGUAUUACAAUGUAUCUUCCAUGUUUCUGCGUGUUGUAAACUAUAAGCUUAAACAUAUAAAAUGGGCGAUAGGUGUGUUUUGAAAAGUUUAUUAGAUAUAUGGUGUUUUAUAUUCGGAUAUAUACCUACAUAUGGAGAUAUAUACACAUGUUAUUUACACUUAUGAAUAUAUAGUGAAAAUAGAUCUGAAAUUUAUUCUAUACACAUGAUGAAAAUAAAAU